UAAAAAGGCAACUCGUGCCGUCUGGCACAUUCCGCCGUUCGAAAGAGCCCGCUGAAGCAGCCUGCUCCUGAUUGGUCAGCAGUGAGACACACUACUCACAAACACUCCUCGAAGAUGGCCGGCAACAACAUACGACCUGUGUACGAGAAGGGCCAGCACACGCUGGCCGUGCCCAUGAGCAUGUUCGCCGACAACAGGACGCGGCUGCUGCAACGUCUUCGGCAGGUGGCCGGCGUGACGGGCGAGUCGGUGGUGCUUCUGCAGGGUGGCGACACGCAAAACGUGUACUGCACCGACGCCGAGGACGUCUUCAGGCAGGAAUCGUUUUUCCACUGGGCAUUCGGCGUGCUGGAACCCGGCUUUUACGGCGCAAUUGUCGUCGGCACCGGGGAGGCUAUUUUGUUCGCCCCGCAGCUCCCGCCGGAGUAUGACGUGGUCAUGGGUCACGUCGCCACCAACGACGAGUGGAGGCAGCGCUACGCCGUGGACCGCGUGCACGGCACCAAUGAGAUCGCCACAGUGCUGCGGUCUGUGAACCCAGACCAGCUCCUCCUGCUGAAUGGACUGAAUACGGACAGCGGCCUUACUACGCGACAGGCAGCAUUCGACGGAAUCCACAAUUUUAAUACCAACAAUGAACUUUUGCACCGUGAAAUGUCUGAAUGCCGCGUUAUCAAGUCGCCCAUGGAACUGGAGGUCAUGCGGUAUGUGGCUCGCGCCUCGUCUGAGGCCCACAUCAACGUGAUGCGCAGAACUAGGCCUGGCAUGUUCGAGUACCAGUGCGAGGCAGAGUUCAUGAGACACGUCUACUUCAACAGUGGAUGCAGACACGUCGCCUACACUUGCAUCUGCGGCUCUGGCGUGAACGGUGCUGUGCUCCACUAUGGACACGCUGGGGCGCCAAACACCAGGCAGGUCCGCGACGGUGACAUGUGUUUAUACGACAUGGGUGCGCAGUACUACUGCUACGCGUCGGACAUCACAUGCUCUUUCCCUGCCAACGGGAAGUUCACCGAAGAUCAGAAAAUGAUCUACAACGCUGUGCUGCGGGCGAACCGAGCUGUGAUUGCUGCCAUGCGACCAGGCGUGUCCUGGGUCGAAAUGCACCGCCUGGCCAACCGUGAGCUGCUCUUGGCCCUGAUCGAAGGCGGCGUCCUGCAGGGUGACAUCGAGGAGAUGAUGGAGGUGAACCUGGCCGCCACCUUCCAGCCGCACGGUCUGGGCCACUUGAUCGGGUGCGACGUGCACGACGUUGGAGGCUACCUGCCUCACUGCCCGCCGCGCCCUGAGCUUCCAGGAUUCCACUCCCUCCGCACGGCGCGAGACUUGGAGGCCAACAUGGUGGUCACUGUCGAGCCUGGCUGCUACUUUAUUCAGAGGCUGCUUGAUGAAGCGUUGGCUGAUCCGCAAAGGAACAGGUUCCUGGUCAGGGAUGCAAUUGAGAGACUAAGAAAUUUCGGAGGGGUUCGCAUUGAGGACGACGUCGCUGUCACCGAGACUGGUGCAGAAAUUUUGAAUGCGGUGCCAAGAACUGUGGAAGAAAUUGAAGAGGUGAUGGCAGCUGGGCGACGUGAAGAGGAGGUGGUUUUGCCUCAAGAUCAGGCUACUAAGCCUGGUCAUUAAUUGCUCGUGAUGGACCAGCCCAUUUUGUUAUGAUUUUAUGUAAAAGUCAUUCUACAUAAUUCAAGUAUUAUAUAUUUUAUUGGGUACUGACUGAAAAUAACAUGGCAUUCUAAAUAAAAUUUGUUAUCUUCCCUA